AUGUCUGUUUGCAUCUGGAACUGUAGGGGGGUUGGAAAAAAGGGUUUUUCCACCCUCAUUAGAGAUUUAAAAUUCCGUUUUAGGAUUGAUGUUUUUGUUCUGCUAGAAACCGGAAUUAGUGGUUUGAAGGGUGAUAGGAUUAUCAAACAGUUUGGCUUUCCUAGCUUCUUUAAACAAGAGGCUAUUGGGUUCUCUGGUGGCAUCUGGAUCCUUUGGGAUGAUAAGGUGGUGAAGAUUGAGAUUAUCUUAGCUCAUCAUCAAUUCAUUCAUACUCAGGUUCAGCACCUGGCAUCUGGGAAAUCUGAGAUCAUUACCUUUGUGUAUAGAAGUCCUAGGAGGCUGGAGAGAAAGAAUCUUUGGAAUGAGCUGGAAGCUUUUAGUUCUUCCAUCCAGGAGGCUUGGCUUUUGAUUGGGGAUUUUAAUUCCAUUCUGCAUGCUUCAGAGAAGACAGGGGGUAGUGAUUUAUGUUGGGACAGUAUUAGUGAUAUGCAACAGAGCCUGAUUAAUUGCAAAAUCAGUGAUAUUGGUUACAAGGGGCCUGAAUUUACCUGGAAAAGAGGGAAGCUUCAUGAGAGAUUGGAUAGAGGGUGCUCUAAUGAGGAAUGGAAUGUGCUUUGGCCCAAUCGGUUUAUAUCUCAUUUGCCUUUCUUUAAUUCUGAUCAUAGACCUCUCCUCCUGGCUCAAAGUGGGCCUCCUAGGCCUAGAGAGCACUCCAAACCUUUUAAAUUCAUGGCUGCUUGGUUGACUGAUCAGGAUUUUGGAAGAUUAGUUAUGAAGAGUUGGGGCAGCAAUGAAGAGUGGGUUCCAGCCAGGAACAAUUUUGAGAAGGAUGCCACUGUUUGGCACCAGAAUGUGUUCAAAAGGAAUAUCCAGCAGAAAAAUAAAAUCUAUGCUAGAUUAAGAGGUCUAGACAGCUAUAUGAAUGGCAGAUUUGAUCACAGUUUGGAAAUUUUGCAGAAGAACCUUUGGAAAGAACUUCAAGCUAUUCUAAUUAAAGAAGAAUUGACCUGGUUCCAGAGGUCUAGAAGUCAGUGGUUGAAAUAUGGUGAUAGGAAUACAAGGUUCUUCCACUCUUCUACUGUGGCUAGGAGGAGACACAAUAGGAUUCUCACUCUCAAAGAUGAGAAUGGUACCUGGAUAGCUGAUCCUGAUUCCUUGGUCAAUAUGGCAGUGUCCUAUUACAAAGAGUUAUUUACAGCUGAGACUCCUGAUGAUGGUUUUUUCCCCAUUCAGGGGAUGUUCCCUAGUCUGUCUGAGGGGGGAAAAGAGAAAACUGGCCCUUUGUCCUAA